UGCCAACUCUUUGGAUUUACAAGAAGCCAAAUUUGAUUUUGGUUGUGCUAAAUUUGUUUUUAAUUGUCGUUUCUAAGAAUAAAGUCACCCCAACAUCAUUGAAUAAACAAAUGGAGUAGUAUAUACUUGGUCAUGACCUUAUCACAACCCUCGUCCUCUUGUUUUUCAUUCCUUUUACUAGCUAGGUUCUUCUCAAUAGCUAUCCCUUGUAUCUCUGUCUCCAUCUACCAACAACAGACAAGCCAGAAGCACAUUAAUUGUAACACAAGAAAAACAAAAGAAUCAUGUCUGCAAACAGUGCUAGAAGUUCAUCAGAUGAUAGUUGGCUGCUAGCCGAAGUAGAAGAAGAUGGUCACGAGGAGGAGGAGGAGGCCGCCGCGGGAGAAAGAGAGGAUAGGUGGUGGAAGAAAGUGUUGGAUUUGGAAGAGGCCAAGAACCAGGUUUUGUACUCGCUUCCCAUGAUACUUACAAAUGUUUCGUAUUACAUGAUUCCGGUGGUGUCGGUCAUGUUCGCCGGCCACCUCGGAGACCUCGAACUUGCUGGUUCUAACCUUGCCAACUCAUGGGCCACCGUCACCGGCUACGCUUUCAUGCUUGGCCUAAGUGGCGCACUUGAAACAUUAUGUGGGCAAGGAUACGGAGCAAAAUUAUACAGGAUGAUGGGUAUAUACCUACAAGCAUCUUGUAUCAUAUCACUAUUCUUCUCUGUCCUCGUAUCAAUCUUCUGGUUCUACUCCGAACCAAUUCUAAUACUACUAGGCCAAGAUCAUCAGAUAUCGAAAACUGCAGCUCUGUACAUGAGGUAUCUGAUCCCGGGACUAUUCGCCUAUGGAGUUUUGCAAAACUUAUUGAGGUUUCUUCAGACACAGAGUGUUGUCGUGCCACUAGUGUUCUGCUCUGCCCUGCCGUUGAUUGCUCAUGUUGGAGUCGCCUAUGUGUUGGUUCACUGGACACCUCUGGGCUUCGAGGGGGCUGCAUUGGCAGUUUCGAUAUCCUUGUGGAUCGCGGUCCUUUUUCUGGCCGGAUACGUGCUUCUUGCGAAGAAGUUUCACAAAACUUGGAAUGGGCUUUCGGCAGAGUCUUUAGGUCAUGUUUUUACCAACUUGAAAUUGGCUCUGCCCUCUGCAGCAAUGGUUUGCUUGGAGUACUGGGCUUUUGAGCUAUUGGUACUACUUGCGGGAGUGAUGCCGAAUUCAGAAAUAACAACUUCAUUGAUCGCAAUGUGUGUGAAUACAGAAGCUAUAGCCUACAUGAUUACUUAUGGUCUCAGUGCUGCUGCAAGCACGAGGGUGUCAAAUGAGUUGGGAGCAGGCAAUCCAGACCGGGCUAAGCACGCCAUGGCCGUCACUCUCAAGCUCUCUCUUUUUCUUGCUCUUAUUGUUGUCCUGGCUCUUGGCUUUGGUCACAAUAUAUGGGCUGGCCUCUUUAGUGAUAGCUCGACAGUCAUCGAGAAAUUUGCCUCAUUGACCCCUUUCCUUUUGAUUUCUAUCGUAUUCGACUCUAUCCAAGGGGUCCUAUCAGGGGUGGCCAGAGGAUGUGGGUGGCAGCACUUGGCUGUGUACGCUAACUUGGGAACAUUCUAUUGCAUUGGCAUGCCUAUCGCCAUCCUUCUCGGGUUCAAGCUCAAACUAUAUGCUAAGGGCUUGUGGUUGGGUCUAAUCUGCGGCCUUUGCUGCCAGGCCGGCACCCUUUCAUUGCUCACACUGCGCUCAAAAUGGACUCGAAUGGAGCUCUCUGAAAACACCAGUAAAGAGAACCACGUUUUAGUUUAACUGUAUCUUGAUCAACUCCUUUUCAACUCACCGUAAAAGAACUCUCUCUCUCUCUCUCUCUCUCUCUCUCUCUCUCUCAUUGGUGGACAAUAUUCAUGAAUCACGGUAUGCAGGGCCAGCUUAUAGGAUAGGCGAGAAAAGCAACCGCUUCCGACCCCAAAUUUUGAUUGUAAUUUAACGUACGUAUUAAUAUUAGGAUGUUUCCAAAUAAAAACACAAACUAGAUAUUUGGUUUAGUGGUCAUAUAAUACUGUCAUGCUAUUGGGAGUGCGUGGUUCAACUCUAAUGCAUCUCUAUAAUUGCAAGU